GCGUAGCUAGCGGUGGUUUUGUACAACAGCUGUGGUCUUCUCGAUCAUCGUGUCGCUUUGUUUGGUAGGGACUGAGAAGCGAACAACUAUGGCGGCGAUCGCGCCGCGUGUUGGGCGCACCAUCCUGGUGCUCCUUGUCGGCUUUCUCUUCGUGGGAAUGGCCGCUAGCAUGCAGCGGGAGCAGGAUCCAUAUGACGACGGCAGGAUUAUUCGUCGUGUGAGCAAGGCGCAGCGCCGUCCGUAUAAUCCUCGCAAGCACUGGGGAAUCGUUAAGCGCAACGGUUUGAUAUUUCAAACACCCGAUGGGAAGGACUUCCUUGUGAGUGGAUGGAACACGCGCGACCUAAUGUACAACUGUCUGACGCCGGCGGGAAGGGCACGCGCCGUCAACAUUCUGAAGCAGGCGCGGUCGAUGGGAUUGACCGUCGUGCGAAUGAUGACGUGUAACGAUGGAUCCCGCUUUCCGUAUGUGCAGCCAUCUGGAACCACCUUCAACGAGACCAUCCUCGUGGCAUUAGACUAUCUGGUAGACCAGGCGUCGAAGUUGGGUGUUCGCAUCCUGGCUGUUUUCGGCAAUAAUUGGGAGAGCAAAGCCCAAUACGGCGACUGGCUAAAGCAAGCGACGCAAAAGAGCAGCAUCAUUCCGGACGACAUGUUCCGCGAGCCGUUGGCGAAGCAGUGGUUUAAGCUGAUGGCGGAGAAGGUCGUGAUGCGGAGGAACACUGUCAACAGGCGUCUGUACAGAGAGGACCCAACCAUCUUCGCUUGGGAGGUGUUUAAUGAGCCACGCUGCGUGUCUGAUACUUCGGGAAAUACGCUGGUGAAUUGGUUGGCAGAAAUGGGGGAGUACAUUAAGUCGCUGGAUAAGCAGCACAUGCUGACAAGUGGGGUCGAAGGGUUCUAUGGACAGAGCGACCGGACGAGAUGGGUGUUUAAUCCUGCUGUAGAUUGGCCUGCCAAUCAAGGUAAUGACUUCUUGAGAGAAACCGCCAUUUCGCACUUUGAUUUCACCACGGUGCACAUUUACCCUCAGCUGUGGAAUUUUACGACUUUCGACAAUCAGAUGAUAUUUACCGCUAGCUGGAUUAAGGCGCACGUGGACGACUGUGUGCGGCUGAACAAGCCUAUGCUGCUGGAAGAAUUUGGUUGGGGGAAAUAUGAACGGGAGCAAAGAGAUAGGUUCUUUACCGUUGCGUUCAGAGAGUCUCUGGCGGCUAUGAAGCAGAAGCGACUCGGUGGAACUAUGUUCUGGGCGCUCGAGGAUAGUGAAGGGUUCUUCAGCGGCUGGGGAGUGUACUAUUCGCGAGAUAUAAACACCACUGUCAAAAUCAUCUCUGAUUACUCUAACGAAGUGAAUAAGCUCAUGCCUGCGCCCUAGGGGCUGCGCGAGCGAACAAUUGGACGAAAUUGUUGUUUAGGAUUACGACUAACUGAGUAAUAGAUUGACUUGUCGAUUGAUUAAGUAAUUGCACUUGUUCCGUUCUCUAUGUAUUUUUGCUCUCUACACUACAUGGCGCCAUGUGUAUGCAAUCGUGUCAAAAAUUUCUACCUCCUCGCCGCCAUGUUCAACUUCAUUUCAUCUCAGUAAUAAUGUCCUGAUCGCUUACCGAGCGAGGGGGAUGUCAGCGAUGGCCCCCUCCUCCCCCGCUCUCUCUCUCUCUCUCUCUCUCUCUCUCUCUCUCUCUCUCUCUCUCUCUCUCUUCUCGCUUUUCUCACUUCGAGAGGUUGCGGGUUCGGUGUUCUCCGAGCGUGCUUUGCCGUCCUGUACGUCACGUUAGACCUGUACUGUUCGCCACCUCCCCACCUGGUGGCUGUUUUCUCGUCACGCCUGUGUGCUUUUCUUAGGAUUUCAGGUUGCCGUCCCCUGUUACGGAGGACUUCGAUUCUUGCGGUUACCAGUUUAUUUUCCUUUUUGUACUGUUUUUCUGAGUAACGUCCAUUUGAUUCGUUCUUACUCGCACUAUACUUCGUUCGUGCAUCUUCGGUGCGUCUCCCUUAUUGGGUCCUCUGCGUUGUGAUAGUCUUACUCGUUCAUUACGUGCGGCGCCGCCUGUAUCUCUUCGUUAGUUUGACCGUCGAUUGACACCUCCACUUGAUGCUUCGUGUGCACGUAUCAGAUCGGUCUCCUUCCUCCCGGAUGGAGGGUGAAUGCGGACAGACAGCGAGAGAGAGAGAGAGAGAGAGGGGGUUGAAAGUGGUCACUUUUCGGUAGCGGCCCACGAGUCGUCCUGCACUACCCGUGACGGAAGGACUAAUCGGAUGGGAAUGUCUGUCAAGUAGAAGUCUUUGAGCUUGUGCUCUGUCGGCAAGUGUGAUUGCCGACUGAAUUAUAUGUUGAUAUAUCCCGAACCAAUGUUGUUGUGGACAUGUCGGUUCUCUGUCCAGGUGCCUCACUGAGAGUUGUUUUGUCUUCUCUUAAUGCUCCUCUGGCUGUCUCUCGGCGGCUUCGUCGUUUCUGUUUACCUCGUCUUACUGCACUUGCCCGUGUCCUUCUCCCAAGGUUCCUUUCUCGGUGUCUAUCCGUCUGUGGGGCGGUUGUCUUCAAUUCUUCUUCGCCCCCAGCCUCUCGGUGCGCCUCCACCGAGCAGGCUACCCUCCGCUGCACUUUCUAGCCGUUGCGCUCCCUUGGCGGUGCAGCGCUGCUACUUCUUCCAGAGCUCAUUUCGGAGGCUCGGCGAUGGAACGCGUGGACGGUCCAUUGCGUGCUCUCAGACCGUCUCUCGGUUCUGGCAUUGGCCUUUGGAAGGCCGAUCAGCCGUCUGUAACGACUCCCCCCUAAGUUUGUGAAACUGGAGCUUGAGGGAGGAGGGAGACCGGUUUGCCACGUGAACCAAAACCUCAGCGUUUGUCCGUCUGGAUUGUGGGAGUUUUUGAGCGGUGUCGUAGCCACGUGUCAGACAUGCAGUGGAUGUAUUCAAGACGGGUUGGGAGUGAGAGAGAGAGAGUCCCAAGUUGACUUGUCAUUGCAGUUUUUAGAAGGCGUUUUCAUAGAGCACGCCCCGACGUAUAGAGAGAGAAAACAAGUGAGGGACAAUAAGAUUCCGAGAUGGUUGUGACAGGAUUUUCUUUUUUCUCUUAUUUCGCUCGUCCAGGCGAUCGGUGAAGAGGCGACAUAUUUUUAUCAGGUUUCCUGUUCCGUGACUGUAAGCAAGCAGUGUGUGUCGCGGUCUGUCUAUGCGGAGGUGCUUAAAGGUACGCCCCGUUAUGUGCUCCUUGUGUGGGCGGAUUGGCAGGAGAAGAUGAUAACCGAUUUAAUUAGAGGUUGGAAAGGAGGUCCGAGGAGAGUUGUUCGUAUUAGAGCUCGAGUUCGAACGGGGUGUCGCAACGACACCGCUCGUGCCCAGCGUGGAUGGAAGAAGCUGAAAGCAUGAAUUUCCAGUUUUGGGCGGAUUGGCCGGAGAAAAGAAGCGGAAAAGCCGGACACAAGGUAUGGUAGUUGGAAGAGAAGGAGGGAGGGAGGUUGGACAGGAGAACGGAGGAGAAGUGUGGUUCGUGUUUAAGCUGGAGUUUUCAACUGGGUGUUUGCAAUGAUAUACUGCUCGCGGUGGUGCUUGGAAGAAGAGAGGAGAAUGGAAGUCCGCGACGAGGGGGACGGGGGAAAGUUGAUCGUGUUGACGGUCGAGUUUUCAAAGGGUGUUGCAAUUAUACCGUGCUGGUGUCCACACAGCGUGGGUGGAAGAAGCUGACAACGAGAUGUCCUGUUCUGGUGACUGUUCUGGUGACUGUUCUGGUGACUGUUCUGGUGACGAGCUGGGCUUCAACUGCUUCGCCGUUGGAAUACACAGAUGCUCUAUGAUGAGAUGACGAAUCUUAUGACAUCGCCGUCGGGAUACAAGAGUCUAAUUACGUCGGGGUUGGGAUACAAGAGUCUAGUUACGUGGCCGUCGGGACGUGUCCCGUCAUGUGCGGGCGGGGGUCCAUUCGUCGGUCCUUGGUAGGUUUCCCCAGUGGGUCGGGAGUUUUCCAGUGAUAGCGAAGAAGUUUCGGGGUUAGUUCUGGUUGUCGGAAUUCGUUUUCUUUCGUUACGGGUGGUUACAUCAGAUGACGUUUGAGUUUUUUUCUAUUUAAAAAUGAAAAAAUUCGAUUUUUUUUAAACAGUUAUUUAAGGACGGAGAGGGCGAAUUGGUUUUAAUGCGAGUAAAUAAGGUGUUAGGUAUGUUGUGCAGAAAACCCAGGUGCUAGAUAGGGCUCGUUUCUUACGUAUUUUAUGUUACUUAAUCUGAAAUGUUCUUAAUUGUUUGUUACUGUAAUUAAUUAUUGCAUUCUAUGCGAACGAAUAAGGCUAGUCCGAUGUCUUUGAAGGUCGGUUCUUUUGUCUGCAAAGAGUAUUGGAAGAAGUAGACGUGAUUGACGGAACUGAGCGAGAUGGACUUGAUUGGUGUCAGAGUCUGUUCUCGCUGAUUACUAUAGAUGCACUUUGGUUAUUAUUCUCAAUUUGUGCUUAAACGCAAUUAAAUGGUUCGAGACUGUACCGCCAAGCUGAUUGAGUGAAGUAUGAAUGCGGCUUUUACUAUUUCUCGC